AUGUGCAUUGACUACCGCCAGUUGAACAAAGUCACCAUCAAGAACAAGUAUCCGUUGCCUCGUAUCGAUGAUUUGUUCGACCAGCUACAGGGUGUGAGGGUGUUCUCUAAGAUAGACUUGAGGUCGGGGUACCAUCAGCUGAAGAUUCGGGACUCGGAUGUUCCAAAGACUGCAAUCCGGACUAGAUAUGGCCAUUAUGAGUUUCCGAUGAUGUCCUUUGGCUUGACUAAUGCCCCAGCGGCAUUUAUGGAUUUGAUGAACAGGGUGUUCAGGCCUUAUAUUGAUUCCUUCGUCACCGUCUUCAUUGAUGACAUCUUGAUAUACUCAUGUAGCUUGGGGGAGCACGAGCAGCAUCUGAGAGUAGUGUUUCAGACCUUGCGAGAGCAGAAGCUAUAUGCUAAGUUCUCCAAGUGUGAGUUUGUUUCGCAAUUGCGAGACCUUGAUCGCAAUUGCGAUCUCGCAAUUGCAAAGAGUUUGAGGCAGGUAUAUCUGGCUAUCAGUCGGGUGCGCAUCUUUAAGCGGAUUUCGAGACUUCUACGGUGA